GGUACGAGGAGGCGAGAGCCCCAGCAGAUAGCCGAAUAAAACAGAGGGAUGGAGACCCGUUUCUGCAGGAGGAGAGGAGGGUCGCCGUGACAGCCACUGACUCCGUUUGUUGCAACUUAAGCCUCUCAAGCAGCGACUGCAGAUGCAACCUGUCUCUCAUCCCACCCGUCCCAGUAAUCCCCUUUUAUUGCAGCGUUUCCUCCAAGGAGCCUUCUGACAGAGGGGACUACAAUGACAACCUGGUGAAUGCACACGGGAUGGAAUAAAACAUCCAGGACAACGCAGGAUGCGCAUCCCCAACCCAAGGAAGAAGGCAGUGAAACCUGACUGUAUUUCUGGUGUCGCAUGUCAGAGAUUUUCCGCGGUGCUGUGGAUUGAUCGUUUCCUCCAUCACCCUCCUGCUGCCGGUGUCGGUGUAUAAUGGAGAGCUCCAAUGGCUCUGGCAGCGACACCAAACCGCAGAACCACCAGUUGGAGAAGAAAAGACUGAACCGAGCACCCUCCCCGGCGAGACCUUUCCUCAAGGAUGUGCACUCCCGCUCCGCCAAACCACCUGCCAUCGUACCAAAAUCGCCCAAACUCAGCAAGCAGCAGCCGUCUCCCACAGUGCCCUUAGCCCAUCCAAACCGCAGCUCCAGGCGCAACAUCACCGGGGCGAAAGACAAACCAGCCACGGUAAAAAGUAACACCAAGACUACUGUCGCGAAAAAGACCACAAAGGUGCCCCAGCAUGCAGCCGCCGAGGCCAAAGCCGCCAGCAAACCGGACAGCACCGGCAGUCCGAUCCUCGCCAAAGGCAAGAAGGGGAAAUUAGCGUCUGGGUCUCCCGGGCCUCUCAGCCAUGGAUCCCCGAUCCGGGUUCCGACCGGAGCCUCCCUCGGCCGGGUCAGCCAGACAGACAGCAGCUCAGACUUAUCAGACUGUCCAUCCGAGCCGCUGUCGGACGAACAGCGUUUGGCGCCGGCUGCCAGCAGCGACGCUGAAUCCGGUACCGGCUCCAGUGACCGGGAUCAGCUGGGAGGCGAUAAUCCUCUGCGUGCAGAAGCGACCGGAGCUGCUGCCGCUGCGCUGCGCACACCGGAGGCUCCCUCCGCCAAGGGAAGCAUGUCUCAGGCUCAGUCCGCUCCGGGGCCACACGGAGAGAAAUGCAAGCCGGAGAAACCCGCAACAAGCGCACAAUUCAAACUGCAAGGCACCAAGGAAUUAAUCGAGGAGGAUCUGUUGCGGGAAAUAGAAGAUUUGCGCUCUGAAAACGACUACCUCAAGGAUGAAGUGGACGAGCUGCGGGCUGAGAUGGAGGAGGUGCGGGACAGCUACCUGGAGGAGGAGGUGUACCAGCUGCAGGAGCUGCGGCGGGAACUGGACCGCUCCAACAAGAACUGCCGUAUCCUGCAGUACCGCCUGCGCAAGGCCGAGCAGAAGAGCCUGCGGGUGGCCCAGACCGGCCACGUGGACGGAGAGCUGCUCCGUAACCUGGAGCAGGACCUCAAGGUGGCCAAAGAUGUGUCGGUGCGUUUGCACAAUGAGCUGGAGAGCGUGGAGGACAAACGCAGCAGAGCCGAGGACGAGAACGAGCUGCUCAGACAGAAGAUCAUCGAGGUGGAGAUUUCCAAACAGGCACUGCACAACGAGCUGGAGCGGGCCAAAGAGACUGCACUGAGGAGACGCGGAAGCAGGGAGGCAUUUAAGGAGAAGAAGUCCUUGAGUCAGGAGGACAGUGCAGACCUCAGGUGCCAACUUCAGUUUGCCAAGGAAGAGUCCACCCUGAUGAGGAAGAAGAUGGCAAAGCUCGGCCGGGAGAAGGACGAGCUGGAGCAGGAGCUGCAAAAGUACAAGUCAGUUUACGGGGACGUGGACAGUCCCCUGCCCCUCGCAGAGUGCUCUGGUGGGGGUCCUCACACUACGAGGGAGGCCGAACUGCGAUUACGUCUCAAACUGGUGGAGGAGGAGGCCAACAUCCUGGGCAGGAAGAUAGUGGAGCUGGAGGUGGAGAACCGCAGCCUUCGGGCGGAAAAUGAAGACAUUCGUUGUCAGUAUGAAAGGGACUGCUUUGGCCGGGAACCGUUCUCCAGCAUGCCCUCAUCACCUUAUGGCGGAGAUGCGUUGGAGUCGGCCAGUGAGCUUCGCCGCCACCUCCAGUUUGUCGAGGAGGAGGCUGAGCUGUUGCGUCGUUCCAUCUCAGAGAUUGAGGAUCACAACAAGCAGCUGACCUCUGAGCUGAACCGCUUCAAGUUUGGCCCUAGCAGCAGUUCUGGGUCGGUGGGGGAGGAGGGCAGUGAAGGAGGGGUGUAUAAGCCUGGCAAUGGUAACGGCUCCACCUCUAGCAUGAUGAUGGAGGAGCUAAAGGCAGCCAGGAUGCAGAUCAACGAGCUGAGUGGGAAGGUAAUGAAGCUUCAGUAUGAGAACCGGGUCCUCAUGUCCAACGUUCAGCGCUGCGACCUGGCUGCCCACCUCGGCCUGCGCACCGGCAGCCCACGGGACAGCGAUGCAGAGAGCGACACAGGCCGCCGAGAGGCCUCUGAGGACGAGGAGGCAGGUCGACUCCUCCUCCUCCAACCCAAGAGGGAAGGGCCUGUUGGAGGCGAGAGCGACUCAGAAGACCUGUUUGAGAAAACGGCGACCACCUCAGGGUUCGGAAGCAUCAAACCCUCAGAAGGCAGCGAACUCAGUGCCACCGAACUCGCCAAUCGCAGGAGAGAAGACCGUGAGUCGUUCACCAAUGUGAAACGCGAGGCGGAAAGGCUGGGGAAGACGGUGGACCGCCUGAUCACGGAUACGGACAGUCUGAUCUUUGAGGGCAGGCUGCUGGUGACGACUGCAGAAAGCCUGGAGGGAGGGACCGUGUCUGGAUCCAAACCCGACACCCAAGUCCUGGAUACCAUCAACACUCGUAUGAAGGCCUUCCGCACCGAGCUGCACAUCUUCAUGGAGAAAGUGGAUCAUCUGGGGGAGGGGCUGAGAGAUAGAGCAGACGAUCUGUCGCCCAUGCCCAACCUCACAGAAUCCAGCAGCUUCCUGUCCACGGUUACCUCCAUGUCCCGUGACUCACCCAUUGGCACCUUGGGAAGGGACCUUGUGACAGACUUCCAGCUCCGGGACACGACCGCCUCUGACCUCCAGUUUCGUCUGGAUCACGAGCGAAGGCUGAGAGCGGCGCCAGAGGACCGGGAGACAGCUGGUUCACUACUCCAGGAAGAAGAGCGUGUGCGUUUGGAGGCCCGGCGUGGAGGUCUGGAGCUGCAGGGGCUGCAGAGCCACGAGCCUCCCUGGGCCCAGGAGCGAGCCAUGCUGCAGCAGGAGGUCCGGCUCUUCAGGCACAACACCAUCAUCUUCUACAUGAAGCUCAGGUGGAUCCUCAUGCACUGGAGGCUUGGCCGCAGGGCCGACACCGGGGACGAGACGCCACACCCUGACUUUGAGAAGUUGGAGGGCAUCCCAGAGUUGGGGGUGAUAAUGGAGCAGGCAGAGGGGGAGUCAGAGAGAGAAGACCGACUGUGUACGCCACAAACCCCGGGGGACGUCCCAGAUCCUGGGCCAGGCAUCCCUCUGCCGUCCCCUGACCGACUGCAGCAUCAAAGACAGUUUGGGGAGAACCGUCGGAUGCUGCAGGCCUUGCGGACGCUGCUGGAGGAGUUUCGCGGCGAGCUGAGGGAGGAGGAGGCGCGGCGGUGCCAGCUCCAGCAGUCCUACGCCAAUGACAAAGCAGCCUGGGAGGUCAAGUGGGCAGAGAUGAAGUGCCAGGUUGCCCAGCUGGAGGAGGAGGCACACGGCGAAGUGCGAGGCGAGGCGCAGGGAGAUGAAGCGGGCCGAGACCCCGAGUGGGCCUUCAAACAGGAGCGCGAGGAACACCGGCGUCUGCUGGCCGAGAGCCACAACACCUCCCUGGACCUCCGCUGGAAACUUCAGCACGGUGAGAAGAGGUGGAGCCGCGAGAGGGCCGAGCUCCUGGAGCGCUUCGACCGGGAGAGGCAGGAGUGGGACGGCAGCAUGAGGGAGCUCCACCGCAAGAUGGAGAGGCUGCAGAGGGAGCUGAGCACUCGGCGAGGCGAGGGCACUGACAUCAAGGAUGGCGGUCCAGGCCACAGGGCGGUGUUUUCCCCCCAGGACAGCCCCUGUAACGCCCCUCGCUCCCCGCGGUCGCCACGUUCCCCACGCACAUCCACCCCGGUCCCCACCACGCGCUCCCACUCCGACUCUGAGGCCAUGCUGGAGGACCAAGGGGCCGCGGUGAGGCUAAAAGGCCCGGCGGAGAGCCUGUUCCUGGAUGCUCUGUCUCUGGACCCCCUGAGCGGCCUCGAGGUCCCUCCACCCUCCAGACUGGAGAGCGAGAAGAGGUUCCCCUGCAUGAAGGAGGCCCUGAAUGAAAUAGCAGAGAGAGAAGCUCAGCCUGAAUACCCAGAGGAGGAGAUGAGCAGUGGGAGCUUGCUCAGGGCCAAGUCGGUGUGCUCUAUGAGUGACUUCCAACGUUUGAUGGACAGCUCGCCAUUCCUUCCUGACAAGACUCGCCACGGUGACCAAGGGCAGGAUGACGUCACCCCACCCUUGUCCCCAGACGACCUCAAAUACAUUGAGGAGUUCAACAAUAAGGGCUGGGACUUCCCAUCUUCCACCUCUGGCCUGGGUACUGCGCUGGAGGGGUGGACAGACAGACCACCUGAGGCGCGGGGAGGAGAACCCAAUCCUGGUCCAUUCCAGCCAGCGUCCUGGUUCCUCACCACCAGCGCCACCCUGACCACCAGCACCCUGAGCAGCCCUGAGCACUGCCACAAGUCCCCGCUGAGGGGCAAUGGAGCAGGGGCGGCAGGGGUGGGGGUGGAGCACUACGGGAUCCAUGUCCUCCACAGCCCCACCAGGUCCGGGGCAGCUGAGCGCCCUGCUUCCCAAGAACCGGACUUCCUGUACACCAAAGGGACCAAAGCCAGGGGCGGUGUUGAGGCCGGGGUGGGGCCUAGCGGACCAGAUGAGGUGUUUAGCAGUGGGAGGUGGCCAUGUGGCCUUCUGGAGGGUGGUGGAUUGCGGACUCCUCCUAGUCAGUCUCCUAUCUGCCCCACUGUGGGCUACGCGUCCUCUCUGGAGCUGCAGCUCUCCAGGAACAUGAGUGAUGACAUGAAGGAAGUGGCCUUCUCUGUGAGGAACGCCAUUCGAUCCCCGCAAGGCCCCAUGGUCCGGGACACCGCCUGCCAGACCAAUGGCUUCACCACGCGAGGCACUCAGACCACCCAGACCAUCAGUGUGGGUCUACAGACGGAUGUGCUGAGGAACCUGACCAGCAGCCCCCACCGGUGCCUCACGCCUAAAGGUGGUGGCUCCACCCCCAUCUCCUCUCCCUCACGCAGCCUGAGGAAAGUCCAGUACUCCCCCGUCGUCCAGAGCAAGUUUGAACGGCCCUGCUGCUCACCAAAGUACGGCUCGCCCAAGCUUCAGCGCAAACUGUCCACGUCCAGCAAGGUGGACAUGCCCAGCACCAGCCGUGCUCCCACGCCCACCACACCCCAGAAGGGCAACAACGAGUCGGCCUGGGCACGCUCCACCACCACGAGGGACAGCCCUGUCCACACCACCAUCAACGACGGCCUCUCCAGCCUCUUCAACAUCAUCGACCACACCCCCGUGGUCUACGACCCCAUCCAGAAGUUCAACAAGUCCCCCAGCCGCUCCCGACCCACCCCUCCCCCCACCACCGAGCCCAGCCCUGCUCACGGGGCUCCCACCGUGGACCCCAAAUCUAUGCAGGAGUUCCUGAGGACUGCUCGCGGGCGUUCGCCCAGCCCUGUGCAGCUGAUAGUGGAAACGCAAGGGGACAAAACCCCGGAGGUUGUGAGCAUACGGCAGGACCUGUCAGCCCCUCCGGGCUACACGCUGGCUGAAAACGCAGCCCGCAUCCUCAACAAGAAGCUGCUGGAGCAAAGCUUCAGAGAGGAGAAGCGGCUGCAGGCUGGGGGUCAGGGCAGCCACAGCAGAGACAACUCCAGGCAGGCCGACUCAGACAGAGGACAGUCUGGAUGUAUGGAGAUCGAAAACACUGACUGAUGCCAUGGUAAUGUUAAAAUAUUUCAGUGUUUCCGUAAUACUGAAUCUUUGCUUCACUAUAGAGACUCUUUAGAGGUUUCUUCUUCUUCUGUACUUUCUUCUUCACUGUAGUGUCUUCCUUGUGGCUUGGCUUUUAUCUCUGUAUUAAACUAUCACCAAGGCCCGACCAAAACAUGAUUUAUGAGACUGAUACUGAUAAUCGGAGAAUUAAAAUUAAUGAACUCCUCAAAAUGAUUUAAGUGGGAUCAUGGUUGCAAAGUACCAUAAUUAAUCUUUACUGGCCUUCUCUAAUGAAAUACUCAACCAGACACUUAAAAUAUACUUACUAUAUUUUCUAGUAUUUUGUCUGGGCACCUGAAGUCUCAGUGCUAGUGAAUACAAAAGGUGAAAAAUCUUAAAAUUAACCUUUAUGCAUUUUGCAAAAUUUCUGUAUUGCACUGAUUAUAUCAGCAUAUCGCUAAAUCUGUCAGAGGCCAACGCUAGCACUAAAUUCACUAAAUGAAAUUGGUGAAUCGAUACAUCGGUCGGGCCCUACUCACCACCCAUUCAGCUGACCUGUGGGAAAAAUAAAUCAUAGAUGCAACAACAUCUUGGGAAGUAUUGCUGGUCAUGUUUAAACGAUGACAUUGAAAGAAAUAUGAAUUCACUCUCCAAAAUUUGUGGAAACAUGUCUCAUGUUGCUUCAUGUUGCUGCAUGUAGCUUCUAUCCUCUCCAUUCAGUGUCGAUAGUAGAUGGUCAUUUAAGACCGCCUUACUGUAUUAAAGGUGUACAUUAUAACAAUAUACUCACAAUAUACAGACACAUAUUUGAAAACCAUAACAUGUACAAUAAGUACAAUAAUCCCACAUCUGCUGAUUCAUACACUCACAUCUAAGUUUUACCAGCUGUUGUUCGGUGUCUCUUAAUCUGUAAAACAGACAGAGUAAGAUUAAAAGUCUUAUUCACGAUUAUAUAGAAGGGAUUGGAGUGUGUGUUGGCUAAAAUCAUUCAGCAAAUGGUGGGUGACAGCUUAAACAAAAUAUCAUAAUGGAUUGUAAUCAUACCUAAACAUGCAAUAUGUCAGUAUUGAAAUACACGCCUGGGUGUGGAUCAUGUAUUAUUGUUGCUGUUGGUGCCUCUGAAGGGACAGAGACACAGAAAAACAGGAUAAAAGGGAAAAUCCAGGCUUGGUGGGUGCACACUUAAAGAAUCCCAUCCUAACUAUGCGGAGUUACAUUACCAGUAACUCAAAUCAAAACACGAAUUUUGCAAAUUCUUGGCAUUUCAUGGUGUUGGCCAUGGCAAUUCGUAGAUAUCUGGCUACCCCCGUUUGUAAAAUGGACACAAUUGCGACGUCCUGGGCUCAAAUCCAGCCCAGGACCUUUGUCGCAUAGCAUCCCCCUCUUCCUCCCAGCAGUUCCUCUCUCUCUCCACUUUCAAAUGUCUGAUAAAGACCAAAAAAAUAAAGAGAGUGACCGUGUUGCUAGGGAGUUAGCUGUGGCCUGUAAGUAUCUGACUGUCCUGUGUGUAUCGACAGCGAGGUCAGAGUUCCCCUGCUGUUUCUUCCAGGUCUAACGUGAAUGGGUGCGUGCUUAUUGCUGUCUAUGUGGCCCACGGGCUGAAAUCAGUGACCUUAUUUCUCUCUGCCUCUGAUAUGCCAGCCUUUAUCCUGUGUUUCCUCUUCCUCUUUGCCCGAAUUUACCGAUUAACAUCUCCCACUCUUUCCUCCCUCCCCUCUCCUCUCCUCUGGGCUUUAUCUCUCCCUCCUACCUGUCUGCUGUGUUCUUAUCCAGAACCACACUGUCAUACUAACAGCUCCUUGGGGACUCUAACUCUGCUUGUCUCCGUGAUGUAAGUUCCUCUUCCUCCUCCUCUUCCUCCUCCUCCUCCUCUUCCUCAAUGACUCCCCAACAUGAUGGGUUCACCGGCUACACGGACCUCUCACCUCACUUCCUGCCCCUCCCCUUCCCUCCCACCUCCUCCUCCAUUAUUGCAUGCCUCACAGGACAGCAAGAGUGACAGUGUGUGAAGGCAUCGGGGUGGUGUCAGAGUGGUGCGGCGGUCAUGCAUCUGUUUCUGUGUCAGUGCUCGCAUGUUCGGUUUCUUCGGUAUUGAUCAUCAUGUUUUUUGUUUGUUUGUUUUGUUUUUUGUUUUAGUUUUUUAAAAAGAUCGCAAAGUCGGCUCAAGUGACUAAAAGAGUCAUCCGAUUGUGUCUUGUUUGUUAUUGGCUGUAUCUCAAUUUGGGAUGUCAUUAUUUGGGCUGUACCUGAGUGAGAAUUACCUCAGUCGACUCAGAUUCAGCCGUUCACUACUAUAGUUUGACUUUUUUUUUCUUUCUAUUUUUUUUUUUUGUAAUCAUAAAUAUUUUGGCAAUCCGAAAACACACUGGCAAAAGAUUCAGCGUUGAUCACAUAGUAACAAAGGCAUCAUAACCAAUCAUAAUACAAGAGUCAUACAGUACAAACAUGUUUUUGAGCAUUUAAAAAAUACAGAAAUCAUCAAGCGCGCUGCAUAAACAAUUUAAUUACAAGCCAAUUUGUAAUAUAUGCAACAUAAUCAGAAUAAUGAGAAAUUAUAAUAAGACAGCACACAGCUGUUAGGUUAAAUGAAGCUCUUAUAGCUUGCUUUAUUUUUUAAAUAUCAGAAAAUGUCGACUUUGUAGAUUUUUUUUCUUGCAGCGGCGUCUGUAAAGUGUAUUUUCUGCAGCAGCGACUCUCAGUGUCCCAUAGAAAUUCUACAGGAGCACUGUGGGUGGCAGUGUGUCUGUGUGCGUCUCCUGCUCUGUCCUUGACCGCAUAUUGCCAUUUGUCACUUUGACUGAUUCGUUUCCUUGCGGUUUUGCAAGGCACAUCGACUGUCUUAACAAAUGACAGCUUGACUCAAAGUAUCUCAGUCGACUGAGGGAGUCCGUGAUAGAUGGUCCGACGCGUCGCCUCUCAGGGAGCAGCCCUAAUGAUUGAGAAGAGCAAAAUGUGGACCAGCACAGCACACUUCUUGUGUACGACGUGAAAAGAUGACUCUUUUGGACAUGCUUCACUUUUGGAGCGACACAAUCCUCAGCAGUGGUUGUUGGAUGUCCUUUUGGGGUGGUAUAUGGCCUUAUGGUAGAUUAUUCUAACAUGACCCCGUUGUGUUUCUACCAGGUCCUCCUAUCUCUGUCACCACGUCUGCAACUGGAUGGACUCUGAUGUUUUAUUGUAGUUUGUUUUGUUUGUUUCAUUGUGUCCCCCUAUCUGUCGGUAUGGUGCUUUCUCUCUCCUCUUUUUACAGUUCCUUCGCCAUUCCUCUCACACUAACAAGCCCGCCAAAGACUCAUUGACGAAGACGGCCGCUAACACUCGUCAUUCUCUGUGUUCUCUCACCUCUGCGGGUUGCGUGUGAUGUCUGACUCUCUGGUGGAAAUUAACUGGGUGCUAUAGUUCACUCUGCAUGCUUAAAGGAAAAAUCCACCCUGUGAUGUGCGCACACUGUUCAGCAUCAUUAGUCUGUGAUGUUCAGUGCAUUCCAGGAGUUGUUUUGUGAUUGUUUCUUUGGUGUGGCCAAUUUCCCUCAACUUGCCCCAUCAAAUUCUGUCUCUGCUAGUGAUUCUCUGCAUUACCCAAAACGCCUUUUGACAGCAGGCAUGACCUUGGCGCAUUCAGCUGUGGAUUAUUCAAGUGGUGCAACAGUGCUUAUACAGUAAGAGCGAGACAGUGAGACUUACUCCAGCUGAGAAAAAGCUGCAGUCGCCCACUGUACUCAAAGCACAACACGCCUUUUAGCUGCAGUGAAUUCUGGUCUUUUGAGGCUACUGUCUGGGAGGAAAUUGGCAUUUCUGCCUCUUCUAUAAUGGAUUUCUCCCCGUGUUGUUCAACACUGGUGCAAAAUGGUGAGUCGAGUAAAGAAUCCAUUUGAAUCUGAGGGACGGACAAAAUAUCACAUUUACUGAUGAUGUUUCAGAUAGCUGAAACAUUUUCAUCUUUCAAGCUCCAUUUGAGCUGCUGGAAACAUCCGGACCUGACGUUGUGCUGUCCACGUCACGCCGUCCGGCUGUUUUUAGCAGUGUUUCAGUGUUUUGGGGUGGAUUUUUCCUUUAAGGCGAACGUAGUUUCUGAGGUUGUCAGGGUUUAUGUGAUGAAAGCAAGUGUUUGCUCACAUUGCUGUUAUCAGUAUCCACUGACUUAACUUCCUGUACACAUCACUGGUGCAUGAUACUGUAUGUAUGUGGCAUUCUGUGAUUUGAUGUAUUAGAAUCACAUAGGAACUGUGUAUUACAGAACACCCAUUAAAGCAGUACUUAUACACGU